GGUCUUCGUCGCUUCUCGUUAUUAGGCUGGUCCUACUGCCGCGCUUUUCUGCCUUUUCAGGUUCUGUCCUGGUCACUAUCAUCAACGGUGCCCUCUUUGGCAAAUUACUGCAAAGUCCGGUACGGCAGCCUGGCAUCAUGAAGGUCUCAAAUGCCGCUGCAGCUGUGCUCAUGAGCACUGCUGGCAUCGCUCGCACCGUCAAUGCGGCACCUCUACCGGCAGAUGAUUUCUCAGGACACCACUCUUCAACCACUUUGUCGGCUCGACAGCCGUCCACAAAGGAGCAAAUUCCAGUUCAAAUUUUACAGGCGCGUGAGCCUCAACUCGGCAGAGCUGCCAGUCUUUGGCAAAAGGCUGCUCACCAAGUGACUGGGCAGCUCAGAGCUGCAAAGGGACUCGACGCAAUCGGCGCAGGCGCACACGCGCACGGGCAUUUGCCAGGCCACCAUGCUGGGGGCGGCUUCGGACCAUCCUUUUCGAUGCACCCUGGUCACGGUACCACCAACAUUCACAUUCACAGCGGCGGUGGCACAGCUGGCCUUGCAGCGGCUGAAGAGAGGCUGCUCGGCGCUGCUCACCUUAAUCCAGCUGUGCCCGCGAAAGGUAAGAAACGCAGCAAGCUGCCGAUCAUCGGCGCAGCUCUGGGCGGUGGUGCUCUCGUGUACGGCAUCACCAAGAUGGGAGAGAAGGGCCACGACCAAAAGGUCGCUCAAGACGCCGCCGAAGCUCAAAUGCAGCAGGACGAUGAGGCGUACAAGGCACAACAAGACGAAGCGGCCAAGCAGCAGCAACAACAAGCUCCGGCAGCGGCAGCUGCGUAUCCCGCGUCUUAUCCAGCCGAUCCUGGCUAUGCCUACGCGGACCCAGCCGCUACGACGCCGGCACCAGCACCAACGACACCGGCACCAAGCGGUAAUGGCGGCGGCAAAGGCAAGUCGACACCACAGAGACGUUCUUUGAUUGAGGUGAGCAGUUUGGACAGGAGGAGCUAUGAUGUCGGCGGGGGAUUCGUGCCCGUAGAGCGCAGGGGCUUGGCUUCCGCUGGAGAGGAAGCGAUCAGGCUGGUGCACGUCGGGCACGACGAAAGAUGGGGCCCCCAUUUUCGCACCGAGAAGAUGACGCCGAGCACAGAGGAGGCCCGCGGUCGCGGGCUAUCUAGAGCUAUUUCGUUUCGCACUCCUGCCCGCACGGCCUCGCUCUCCCCCGAGCCGCUUCUCCGCAAGACGCCACGCCAGGCUUCUGGCGGCGACUUCUUGUCGGCGCACUCGUCUCCUUUCAUGACUCCGGAGCGCGUGCAGACGAGGCCUGCUGUGGGCAACGAAGUCGUGAGCAACGGCGUGGCUCGCCACUCGGAGAUCGAAGAGGCAGCCUCGGUGCCCGCAGUAGCUCAGAACAUCAAGCACGAGGGGGAAUCGACGCAGGUGCAGGUGAAGCCAGGCGGAGAGCAGAUAGCGGAGCAUCACGAGCAUAAAACCGUUGCUGAUGCAGCAACAGAGCGAGAGCAAAGCACCGAGGUGUCCAAGGUCGAGAAAGGAGCAUCGGCGUCGGAGCACUCAGAUGUCAAAAAGAAGAAGAAGAAGCUGCCUUGGAAGAGCAUGCUCGUUGGCGGUGCUGCCGGUCUUUACAUCUCGAGGCGAGACCUGCACGAAUCACUGCAAGACUCUUUCCCAAUGUCUGGAGCAUCGGCUGAGCUCGCGCUUCAUCCUCGGACCACACCGCAGGGCGAUCAUGAGGACAAGGUCAUGCUGCUGUCGAAGCGCACGUCCAGCGAGGGGUUCGAUCAGCAGCAAUUGGCAGCUAGAGAUGGUGCUGAAGCGCCGGCGAGCCAUGCGCCGAAGCAGCCGAGUGAGACUGUGCACCCUGCGGUGUUCUACAGCGCAGACAAGCACGAGUCUCCGACCGAAGUUGGCAAACAUGCACCGUCGACGGCGCAUUCGAACAUUGCGCCGAAUUGGGGACAAUGGCCAGGGCAGCACGUGGGUCGGGCGGAGGAGUAUGAGGCCUUGGUCAGAGAUCAUCCCAAGAGCAACGUGGCUCAAAUGGGCUACAUUCCGUCGCGCUACAACUUUGAAAGAAUCAACUCCAAGUCGGAGCCCUUUCAGAAAUUCGCCACGCUUGCCGGUGAUGCCGUCAGGCACGAGCAGUCGGCCAAGCCAAAAUUGGGCGGCUCUUUUGGCGGCAAGGGCUUGGCUUUGGCGCUAGUUGGUGGCGGCAUCGUUGGUGGUCUAUUGUCCUUACCUCGUCCUGACAAACGCUCCGUGCAGGACAUUGACUUGGACCGGGGAUUGUUGCAGGCCAGAUCGACGGUCGAUCGCCUAGCGGCGCGUUCCAGCGCAUUCUCUACGACAUCCGACGAUGCAGCCUACUAUAUCGUUCCUCGCACGUCCAACGAAUACUCUGCACCCGCAUCAAACGUGAGAAAUUAUCCGGAGAAUGUUCAGUGGCAGGGUGCAGGUGGAGCUAUGCUGAUGAGGAGAGGGGUCAGCAGGGAUGUCGAGCUUCCUGUCCACUUACGUCGUCGCGGUCCCCAAACAGUCUUCAUAGAAGGUUCCAGCAUGGGAAGGGCGAUUUGGCAAGCAAGGUCUAACGGUGGUGCGCCAGCGGACAUUGGGCGAGGUCAUGUCACUUUGGCGCGAAGGGACGAGCACGUCAAGCAUACGGCCGAUACACCCGCCGAAACGAUCCAACGCGUCCGUAAUUUCGAGCACAACUUGUUGACUGAACUGAAGAUUCGCAUCAAGCGAUGGGUUCGAAUGACUGGUGCAGGUCUCCAUUGGAUUGGCGGACGGCUGGACAAUUUGACAAGUCACCCCAGUCGACUAUACGUUCCUGGACCGCCUCUAGAGAUCACGCAGGGGCAAAAACGUGCCGAUACUAGAUCUUGAAGACUACGAACGCUCUUGGCCUCCUAAUCAGCUGUGCGUAGCCUGCCCUGUCAUCUCUUGCCUGAC